UCCCCUCUGUUGCAUUAGUAAUAACAGCGGCGUUGACGGGAGACAGCAGGAGAGAGAGAGUGUGUGUGUGUAUGUCUCCGACAGCGGUGCCCAGCGGAGGAAUAUUUGAGCUUUUUAUUUACUCUGCAGCUUGUUGUUCAUUUUCUCUGCGUUAUGGUGAACUUGGACAGUCACGUGUGAAGAUCUCUGCGAGUACAGAGGACGACGACUUCUCACCUGGUGUGUCCCCUUGACUUUACCGUGAGGGAAAUAUACCUGCCAUUUUUUUCCGAUAGCUGACAUCGCUGGACUUCUUCCAUUCCUGUGACGGACAACAACAGCAAGUUCUUUCCCUUAGGGAUGAAAUAUGCACAUUCACACCCUGCGCCCGUAGAAAAAAGCAGACGACACACACUAUAAAGUCCAAAGUGGUUUUAAAUCAUGAUGAUGCAGGAGUCGGCCACAGAGACAAUAAGCAACAGUUCAAUGAGUCAAAAUGGAAUGAGCACCCUAAGCAGCAGCCAAUUAGAGGCUGGCAGUAGAGAUGGGAGAUCAAGCGCUGGUGACACGAGCAGCGAAGUAAGCACAGUCGAGCUGCUGCAUCUGCAACAACAGCAGGCCCUACAAGCAGCAAGGCAAUUACUCUUGCAGCAGCCAGGCAGUGGCCUGAAAUCUCCAAAGAGCCAGGACAAGCAGCGUCCACUGCAGGUUCCAGUGUCAGUGGCCAUGAUGAGUCCCCAGGUGAUCACGCCGCAACAGAUGCAGCAGAUCCUCCAGCAGCAGGUGCUUUCCCCCCAGCAGCUCCAGGCCCUGCUCCAGCAGCAGCAGGCUGUUAUGCUACAGCAGCAACACCUGCAGGAGUUUUAUAAGAAACAACAGGAGCAGCUUCAUCUGCAGCUUCUCCAGCAGCAACACCCUGGCAAGCAGGCUAAAGAGCAACAGCAGCAGCAGCAGCAGCUGGCCGCCCAGCAGCUCGUCUUCCAGCAGCAACUCCUGCAGAUGCAGCAGCUCCAGCAGCAGCAGCACCUGCUCAACAUGCAGAGGCAGGGCCUGCUCUCGCUGCCCGGGCCCGCUCCCGGCCAGGCCGCCCUUCCCGGACAAACCCUGCCCCCGCCAGCUGGCCUGAGCCCUGCCGAGCUCCAGCAGUUGUGGAAGGAUGUGACCGGAGGCGGCGGCCACAGCAUGGAAGACAACGGCAUCAAACACAGCAGCAGUGGCACUGGCACUGGCGGGGGUGGCGGUGGUUUAGACCUCUCCACCAAUAACUCUUCUUCAACUACCUCCUCCUCCAAUCCCGCCAAAGCAUCACCACCCAUCUCUCACCAUUCAAUCGCCAACGGACAGUCCCCCGCCCUCAACCACAGAAGAGAGAGGGAAAGGGAACGGGAAAGGGAGCGAGAGAGUUCACUACAUGAAGAAAAUGGAGGGACCCACCCCCUGUACGGUCACGGUGUUUGUAAAUGGCCUGGCUGUGAGAACAUCUGCGAGGACUUUGGACAGUUUUUGAAGCAUCUAAACAGUGAACAUGCCCUCGAUGAUCGGAGCACAGCUCAGUGUAGAGUCCAGAUGCAAGUCGUACAGCAGCUGGAAUUACAACUUUCUAAAGAACGUGAGCGUCUUCAGGCGAUGAUGACCCACUUGCACAUGCGGCCCUCAGAACCUAAGUCAUCUCCCAAACCACUCAACUUGGUGUCCAGCGUCACCAUGUCCAAGAACUUGCCCUCAGCAUCGCCCCCCAACUUACCUCAGACACCCACCACACCCACAGCACCUAUCACACCCAUGGCCGCUAUGCCCCAGGUGCCAUCAGUACUGGGAGGAGCCAACGUCCCCAGCAUGGGAGCCAUGCGCAGACGCCACUCUGACAAAUAUUCCAUGCCUCUGUCGUCAGAGAUUGCCCCAAACUACGAGUUUUAUAAGAACGCAGAUGUCAGACCGCCAUUUACUUAUGCAACCCUCAUAAGACAGGCUAUCAUGGACUCUGCCGACAUGCAGUUAACGCUUAAUGAAAUCUACAGCUGGUUCACACGCACGUUUGCCUACUUCAGACGCAAUGCUGCAACUUGGAAGAACGCUGUUCGCCACAACCUCAGUCUGCACAAGUGCUUUGUGCGUGUGGAGAACGUGAAGGGGGCGGUGUGGACAGUAGACGAGGUGGAGUACCAGAAACGCAGGUCGCAGAAGAUCACAGGAAGCCCAUCACUUGUCAAGAACUUGCCCUCCAGUCUUGGCUAUGGAACUGCACUAAACGCUAGCUUACAGGCUGCCCUGGCAGAGACCUCCCUGCCUUUGCUGGGGACCCCCAGCCUCAUGAACAGCAGCUCCACGGGCCCAAUGGGCGGCAGCUGCCACGGCCUCCUGGGGGGAGACCCGUCCGGACUGACGGGCGGAAGUCCACCCGGGCUGUUGGGUGGGAGCCCACCAGGACUGCUGGGUGGCAGCCCCCCAGGUACGCUGAGCGGCAGCCCCCCCACCCUGUUGCAGUCAGCCCACGAGGAGCUCAACGGCUCGCUCGACCACCUGGACACCAACGGACACAGCAGCCCCGGAUACUCCCCACCAGUACACAUGUGUUUUCCAGUUACUUUAAAUUUUUCACAUGACAAACUUAAGUGGCCACCCGUUCACGUGAAGGAGGAGCCGCUCAACAUGGAUGAUGACGACUGUCCGAUGUCACUGGUGACGACAGCCAACCACAGUCCAGAGCUGGAGGAGGACCGGGAGCUGGAGGAAGGGAACUUAUCAGAAGACCUUGAGUGACUAGGAUACAGUUUUUGGUCGACGAAUCCCUUCACCCAGCCGCACUGUUUCUCUCACACAGACCUCCUGCAAGACUAGAAACCACUCCACAGUCCAAGCAACCACAGCUGACUCUCUCUUUGUCUCUCUCACCACUGGGACUAUUUAUUGAGCAUGCAUCCGGAUGGAGACCGGUCCAAAGGAACUCUUUGUUGCAGUCCUUUGGAAUCCCCAAACAUGACAGGCAUGAGAUGUCUGAUUAAAAAAUUAACUCUUUGAGACCUGUUUCAUUAGAGAUGGCGUGGCCACAAUACAGUACAAGGAUGAUGGACUCAUGGAUGGAGAAAAAAACAUGAAACAAAUGAGCAAAUCACGUUCCGUUGAAAGUUAGCGGCCUCAUAUACUGCCAAAAAGGAAGACGUUUUAUGUUUGUGAAUAAUCCAACCCACAGUAGUUGUUUAAUGUCUAGAGACAAUUGCUGGUUCAAUUCAAGUUGUUGCUCUGUUAUGAUUUGCACAGGAGUAGUCUCAGAAAUUUGUGUCACUGCCUGUAUGUUGCUAUUAUAAAAAACCA